AUGUCUGGCGUCUGGGGCUGGUUCGGCGGCGGCGGCGGCGGCGCCAAGAAGAAGAAUGACGCCAAGGACGCGAUCCUUGGCCUCCGGGUCCAGCUCGACAUGCUCCAGAAGCGAGAGAAGCACCUUCAAACGUUGAUGGACGAGCAAGAUGCUAUCGCGCGGAAGAACGUCAGCACCAACAAGAAUGCCGCAAAGGCUGCCUUGCGCCGCAAGAAGGGCCAUGAACACAGUCUCGAGCAGACUAUCUCGCAAAUCACGACACUCGAGUCCCAGAUCAACGCAAUCGAGUCGGCGAACAUCAACCGGGAGACGCUCCUGGCGAUGGAGAAGGCCGGACAGGCCAUGAAGGGCAUCCACGGCAAGCUCACCGUCGACAAGGUGGACCAAACAAUGGAGGAACUUCGCGAACAGAAUGCGCUCAGCGAGGAAAUCGUCAACGCCAUCACGACCGGUCAAACGGACGACAUCCUCGACGAAGACUUGGACCAGGAGCUGGAAAACAUGCAACAGGAGAGUUUGGACGAGCGGAUGCUCAGCACUGGUUCGGUGCCGGUGUCGGACGCCGUCCAUCGGAUGCCGGCCGCAGCAAACGGAGAAAUCAAAGGCAAGACACCCGUCGUCGAAGAGGACGAGGAGGAGGCCGAGCUCCGCAAGCUGCAGGCGGAGAUGGCAAUGUGA